AUGUAUCCGGCGAAGUCCAGCGAGGCGGCGCCGGCGACCGGCAACGCCACCAGCCAGUGGUCCUCGGGGCUCUGCGACUGCUUCGACGACUGCGGGCUGUGCUGCCUGACGUGCUGGUGCCCGUGCAUCACGUUCGGGCGCGUCGCCGAGAUCGUGGACCGGGGCGCGACGUCGUGCGGGGCGAGCGGGACGCUGUACGCGCUGCUGGCCUCCCUCACGGGGUGCCACUGGAUCUACUCCUGCACGUACCGCUCCAAGAUGAGCGCCCAGUUCGGCCUCCCGGAGAACCCCUGCUGCGACUGCUGCGUCCACUUCUGCUGCGAGCCCUGCGCGCUCUGCCAGGAGUACAACGAGCUCAAGGCCCGCGGCUUCGACCCCAAACUCGGAUGGGACCUCAACGCCCAGCGCGGCGCCGGCGCCGGAAAAGCCAUGUACGCGCCGGCGGAACAGGGGAUGGGCCGCUGA